AUGGCUGCAAUUUCGAAUGAACCAAUAAAAGAUAGGUACUAUCAACUGUUAGAUGCUUUUCAAGAACUGCAUGUUGAAGCAAUGAAGCUACAAUACAAGUCUAUUAAGAAUGCUAAAACUAAAGUGAAAACUGUUGUUCAAGACUGUAUUGAUUGCCUAACUCACCUAGAGAGAAUUGAAUACUUGACAAGUACUUUAUCUAAGUUUGCUCUAGGAAGAUUCAAUUUGGAAGUUGUGCUUGGAUCCCAAAGAAGGGUCAUUAUAACAAACAAGGAAUAUGUUACAUGGAAAGUUGGUGUUCCCAAGGGAAAAUUCAAGUGGAUUCCCAAGAAACCAACUCAGACCACUAACAGCAAAGACCUCAAGUUCAUUUGGACAAAGUUUGGAUAUAUAGUUGAUUGCGUUGAUAUUCACAAGCAACCAGCAUUUGAUCAUCCUUUAUUGAAAGAUCAUAAAUUGCAGAGAAUGCCUAGUUAUAAGUCAUUUGAAAAGAUAAAUACGAUAGAUUCAUCGAAUGAAUUUAUAUUUGGACUUCAAAAAGAAAAAUGUCCAAAGGGAACUGUUCCCAUUCGAAAAACAACAAAAGACGAACUCAUUCAGGGAAAAUUAUCACUUUAUAAUCAAAACAUGCUUCAAAGUGUUCCCGGUGUUCAUGCUGCAGAAAUAUAUGUUACACCAGAUUUCAGUCCCUUUUAUAAAGUUACGGGAACAAACAGCAUUUAUAAUCCAAGACUCAGGACCAAGGUUCAAGAAAGUCUUUCUCAAGUGGCUCCACAAAUAUACGGUGGUAACAGUGCAACUUAUUUCUACUCACUAUGGACAACAGAUAAUUUCGACAAGACGGGAUGUUACAAUCUCCAAUGCCCAGGUUUUGUCCAAACGCAUCCGUAUAUGUUCCUUGGUUCACGCGUGGGCAAAGUAUCUAUCUACGGAGGGCGUUCCAUUGAGACUAAUUUUACUAUUACUUUGGACCGAGAAACUCAAAAUUGGUGGCUGAAUCUCUUUGGGCAUGAUGUUGGAUAUUAUCCAGGGAGAUUAUUCUCAAACCUGACCUCAGCAGAGAGAGUGGGGUGGGGUGGGAGAACAUUUACUCCUCCUAACACUAUCAGUCCUCAAAUGGGAUCUGGAUAUUUUCCAGAUAACAACUUUCUUCAUGCUUGUUACUUUAUAUAUAUCUCCAUUCAAGAUCGAGGAAGAACAGAUUUUGGACCUGAAAAACACAUGACAGAGGCUUUUGUCGACGACCCUGAUUGUUUUAAUGCCGAACACUAUGGAGAUGAAGGAGGAAAUGUUGGAAAUACAAUCCAAUUUGGAGGACCCGGUGGCCAAUGUGGUAAUUGA